AUGGUUCCUUGUUUAUUGGACAGUGGUUCCAUGGUGACCACAAUAACUGAGAGCUACUUUAAUGAUCAUUUCUCCCACUGGUCUGAUAUGCAAUUGAAAGAUUGUAACUGGUUGGGUUUAAAAGCUGCUAAUGGUUUGAACAUACCAUAUCUGGGCUAUAUAGAACUGGACUUACACAUUUUGGGGGUGUGUCUCCCGUGUCGUGGUGUUUUGAUUGUUAAAGAUCCCACUGACAGUCAUAUGAGACAAAAGAAGUUAGCUGUACCGGGUGUGCUUGGUAUGAAUGUGUUUAAUCCCUUGUACUAUGAACUGCUGAGGAUUCAUGGCCCUGACCUUUGGGAGGCAGCAGUGUUCAGAUCUGCCCCAACCGGCUUGAGGAAGGUUCUGCGCUGCUGUCAGGUGAUGGAGGCCAUGACCAGCUCCCCAGAUCCUCAUCCAGUAAGAGUGCAGGAUUUUUGCUAUCCUUUUGUCCUGGAGGUGGACGCAAGUCAUGAAGGGCUGGGCGCAGUAUUAUCCCAGGAGCAGGGGGGUAAGUUGAGACCUAUCGCGUUUGCCAGUCGAAGUCUGAAACCUACAGAACGUAAUAUGAACAAUUACAGUUCUAUGAAGCUCGAGUUGGUUGCCCUUAAGUGGGCAGUAACUGAGAAGUUUAGAGAAUACUUACUUGGAAAUAAAUGUACAGUGUAUACAGAUAACAAUCCUCUAAGUCAUUUAGCAACUGCAAAAUUAGGUGCCACUGAGCAGAGGUGGGCCUCAGAAUUGGCAUCUUUUGACUUAACUCUAAAAUAUCGCCCGGGUUCCCAGAACUCCAAUGCAGAUGCCUUGUCCCGACUUCACCCAAUUAUUGAGAAUGGGUCUUUAGAGGAGGGCGAGGGAGUGUCAGGGGUUCUGGCAGAAAUAAGUGCGCUCCCGGGGUUGGAGCCAGGUGAUUUGUGUACCAUGCAACGGCAAGAUCCAGUAAUUGGCAGUAUUUUGAAAUACUGGGAACAGAGGCGGAUGCCUAAUAGUACAGAAAGACAGGAACUAAGUAAGGGCUCGAGAGAACUAGUCCGUCAGUGGGGCCGCCUCAGAAUGAAAGAUUCCGUCCUCUAUCGUUGUGUUUAUAGUCCCGAUGGGGGGGGAAGUUUCAGCAACUGGUGCUGCCCCAGUGUUUACAGGAGCGCGUCCUUCGCUUACUACACGAUGAACAUGGGCAUCAGGGGGUAG